AGAGUGAGACCCUGUCUAAAAAAACAAAAACAAAAACAAAAACCACACAUAUGUUCUUUCUGCUGUUUGGAAGGAAGCUAUUUCUAUUUAUUCAGUGUUUGGGGACCUAAAUAUAUGUCUGAAAAGAAAAUAUUGCUGUACUACAGGAUGGUGAUUGAAGUCCUGAAAAUAUCAGGAAACAGUUCUCAUUUGUUAUUUGUCAAAUUGUGCUAGUGCUUUCUGUAAACACUUGUAAUCUCUGUUUUUGCAGGUGAAAGAAGACUGAAGCUGAGUUCUAUUAUCAAAGCAAAGUGCUGUACUGUAUUUGAAAUAACUCUAGCAAAUACUGUGCUUCCUGCAUAGAACCUGUUGGAUUACUCACACAAAUGUCAAAGAACAGGUUGACAUUUUAGCAAGUGAUCAACCUGGCCCAUAUAGUUUUUACACUUUGCAGGGUUCAGAGAGCAGUUGAAUGUUGUUUUUAGCCUAUGAUCCAAAGCAGCUAAUGACAGAGUCUACCUUAGAACAUAAACAGGCUUCUGAUUUAUAACACAAGGCUAAACAUUGCCUUGUAGAUAUUGUGUGAUGUGUCCAGUUACAUUAAUGAAAUAGCUUUGCAACAGUGUGAAGUCAAGACUUAGGCUUAAAACAGAGAAUUUGAGGAUUGAGAUAAGUCCAGAGAAGCAGCAGGAUGGAGUGCAGAUGCAAGAGAAAGGCUAUGUCAAUGCCAUAUUAUAAAUAUAGCUCACAGACAGCAUAUCCUAGUGUGUGUCUGAAGAGGCCUGUGCCCUUGAGGAAAGGGGAGAUUAUGACCUUGUCCGCCAAUGUCAUUUGCAUAAAUUCCUAGAGACCUUGGGGCAGUGAGUAGGAGAUUGGUUGAGAUGAUCAUUGUAGGAAAAUUGAAUAACAACGUAUGGAUAUCUUACUGUUACAGGAAAUGCUUAGGAAGUGAGGUACUCUGAAUUUAGAAUGUGAUGGCCUAAGGGAUUCGGAGUCAAGAAGCAGGACAUGGGAUGAAGAUACAUCCGCUGUCAAGCUGGUCAUUACGACAGGGAGAAAUAUCCUUCCACAGAGUGAGAUUGGUGAGACUUCCAAGAGUUGAAUGAUGGUCCCACUGGACGAAACUCUUUGGGGUGAGUUUGCUUGUGUGGGAAAGACAGAACUCAGAGCCCUAAUUUAGGCAAACUGCAAGAUGGGUUCAGCAGGAGAAAGUGCCUGGAAAGGGGGAGGGACCAGGAGCCAAGUGGGUGACUAUCUGCCAGGCGCUCUCCUGAGGGUACGCAUCUUCCCUUGUGGUGUGACUAGAAAGAGGGAGUCCAAAGCAUGGUCCCUUCUCCUCCACCUGACACACAUCAAUGCUUCCCUCUUUUCCUGUGAGCCAAGAUAGAAGGUCUGAUCCAGAAUGGACGACAUGGGUGGAGGGGUGAGUCAGUAUUGCUUUUCAUUUUGGUGACUGGACUCAGUUUAAAAGAUGGAUGUCUUAGGGCAGUAGGUAGCAUGGUUUUCCUAGCUUUGUUGUCACAGGUGAUAGAAGCUGGACCAUAAGUUAGGGUCACAGCUCCCUUGAUUCUCCUUCUUUGUUCUCCUUCCUCUUUCACAACUCUCUCUCCUAGGUACUUUUAGUCAGGCUACAGAUGGAAUUUUGGGCAUUUGCUCUAGAGAGAAUUUUCCUGGGUAGCUUUUGUGUUAAACAGACUUCAUUACACAUUUUUCUUUGCUUGGGGCCUCUCUCUCCUGACACAGAUGCACGGGUCCCUUGUAGCCCACAGGCCCCAGUGUCACACAUUAGUGGCACAGGCUAGGUUUUGACAUUGGUUUCAUGUACCCAGUGAAGAGCACUUUCUCUAAGAACAGUUCAAUGGCAGGAUGUAUAUGGUUAUGAGCAGGGAGGCCUCCAGUGCUGGAGCAUCCGUUGCUGAUCCCCAGAAGGGAGACAUACUCUCUUUUUGUGUUUCCAAAGGCAUACUCUUAGGAGGCAGAUAGAAAGAUAUACAGUUAAGAAGUAGGGUUUUUAGGUUCUGUUAACAGCUGGUUUAUUACCUUUUCUGGAACUUUCUCACCCUUUCUGCAGUGAAAUAGGAUAUUUCUCUAUGUACGCCAGUGGGGGAAAAAUUGUGUGGAAACCUAGCUAUUCCCAAAAAAGGAGCACAAAAAGAAGGACCUCUGAGAUUGCUGAAUACUUUUUAGAUGACAAAGAACUUAGAAUGUUGAGAAGGGACUUACAGGGAACGGGCUGAUAAAAGCCUUGAGCGUCAUCUAGUAUUUACCCUUUUUUCCUCAAACUUGGGUUAGCUGAAUGCACACACGCACACACACACACACACACGAAUAUUGCUGCUUAUGAUAAAUGCUCUAAUCAACAAAAUUUACUGGAUCAUAAGCUCUGCAAAGGUAGGGCCUGUGGUGUUCUCCUUUUAUCCUUAGCCUGUAGCACCAGGCCUGGCACAUAGAUUCUUAGUAAAUAUCUACUGAGUGAAUGAAUUGUUGAACAGCUCGUACUGAAGAACUGAUUCUGAUAAUCUGUGGAAUACUUAAAAAGAGAAUGAAUACAAUGCAUAUAUUAAAAGAGGAGGCAGUCUGCAGCCACUGCCACCUCCGCCACCGCCAGCUAUGCUGGUGAGCAUCCCCAGGCAGCUCGUUGGAAGUUGUUUUCAACCAUAUCCAGCCCUUGCCAAAUACAUCCUAUUUGUCACACAUCCAAUGUGAGGUCCCUUCAGCUAUAAGGUGGGCACCAUGGUGGAGAAGUUUGACGGUCUCUACUGCAGGGACCCUUUGCAGAGGAAAAAGUAUGUGCACAAGGGUGACUACCACUGCUGCCUGAAAUGCUUUGACAAGUUCUGUGCCAACAUCUGCAUGGAAUGCUGCAAGCCCAUCUGUGUGGACUCCAAGGAGGUGCACUAUAAAAACUGCUUCUGGCAUGACCCCAGCUUCCACUGUGCCAAAUGCCUUCACCCCUUGGCCAAUGAGACCUUUGUGGCCAAGGACAACAAGAUCCUGUGCAACAAGUUCGCCACUCAGGAGGACUCUCCCAAGUGUAAGGGAUGCUUCAAGCCCUUUGUGGCAGGAGAUCAAAAAUGGAGUACAAGGGUUAGGGUUAGGGUUAGGGUUAGGGUUAGGGUUAGGGUUAGGGUGACCAUCUUGCACAAAGACUGUAGCAACUGCAGGCAAGUCAUGGGGACUGGAAGCUUCUUCCCUAAAGGGAAGGACUUCUAUUGUGUGACUUGCCAUGAGACCAAGUUUGCUAAGUAUUGCGUGAAGUGCAACAAGGGUUUGGUAAAGGCUCCAGUGUGGUGGCCUAUGAAGGACCAUCCUGGCACUACUGCUGCUUCCACUGCAAAAAAUGCUCCAUGAAUCUGGCCAACAAGCACUUUGUUUUCCACAAGGAGCAAGUAUAUUGCCCUGACUGUGCCAAAGAGUUGUAAACUGACAGGGGCUCCUGCCCUGUAAAAUGGAAUUUGAAUUUUGUUCUUUGUGUCCUUACUCUCUGCCCUAUACCAUCAGUGGGGAAGAGUGGGCUUUCCCCUCCUUAAAGGUCUCCUUCUGUCUUUUCUCUCAUUUGACGGUAUUACUCAAAUAAGGGCACACAGUGAUCAUAUUAGGAUUUAGCAAAAACCAACCCUGCAGCAAAGUGAAUUUCUGUCCAGCUGCAACUAAAAACCGAAAACGUAGGCAGACUGACUCUUCUGCAUGUUUCUCACAGAGCAGAAAAGUGCUAGUCAUUUCGCCACUUAGUGAUGUAAGCAAGAAGCAUAUGAAACAAAGCCCCCACUGAGAUGCCUCUUGCGACUCAGCUGGGACAUACCGUGUAGUCAUGCGACAUGCAAGAGUUGUAGUGGCUGCUUCAUCUCGCCGCUCAUCCUCUUCUGUGAACAGGAAAAGAACUGACUGACGUGCAUGGUUUAACUUCCUCAUCAAAACUCUAACCUUCCUUCUGUUCUUUUGUGCUUUCAAAUGACUAAUAUGCACUUCCAGAAAAUUAACAUUUGAACUUGGCUGUAAUUCUAAACUGACCUUUCCCUGUACAAAUGUUUGAUUUCCCCAUGAGGCGUGUUUUCUGAGCGUUCCUACCAUAAAGCAUGGAACAUGCAGGUGAUUUGGGAAGUGUAGGCAGAUCUGAGAAAACGAACCUGUUUCAGAGGAACAUUGUCACAGCAAAUACUUCUGGAAACUUAACAAAACUAACCCUGCCGUCCUUUUUAUUGUUUUUAAUUAGGAAUAUUUUUGUUUUAAUUGAUAGCAAAAUAGUUUAUAGGUUUGGA